AUGCAUAGCAUCCACAAAAUCGGGCAAGCUCUGAGAGUUCGGUCUACUCUCUACGAUAAACUUAAGGAGCUUUACUAUCAUGAACAAAAUUUAUGGUAUCAUCGUCUGGACCUUCCUCUGAGUUGCACAGGUACCCUCGACUUUUCCCAGUACAUUACUCGAACCAGUCUGCGUUCCCUGAGCGACCUCAAUCAAAUCUAUUCUUCACCGAUAAACGUAAACAUCAGCUCCGUUAAAAAUCGGAUUAAAGAAUUCCUUACUUUGUGCCCCUUGCAACCCUAUUCAUCAUCCACUGAGAGACAGGAAUUCUUAAGCUCGUUUAUGGAGUGCAUUCAUUCAACCCUGACUGAGUAUUGUGAUCAAAGUUACUUGCGCACCGGAGCCACCCAAUCGAGCGUAGGUGCCAAGGUGGAGACGUUUUUCAAACGAUCCGGUUUCGCUGAUCUCUACGACACCACUCGCAUUGAGAAAGAAUGUCUAUCAGAGGAUGUCUGGGAGACGACCGAGGAAGCGAUUCUAGAUUCGGAAGAUCUGCUUCGCUUUCAUGUCCGUGGAAAGUUGGCCUGGCAGCUUCGUGCUGACUCACCUCUCCCACCGUUCGUCAGUUUAUCAGAGGAAUCCUGCUUUGAGGACAGAUUGCCACCCGACGGUAAGCUCUAUCGUCCCGAGGUCUUUGGUUUGGACCCUGUUGAUCACUACGAUUUCAGCUGCCUGCCCUUCGUCAACAACAUCCACUCGCCUGAGUACAUUCGUUCCGUGGCUGGUAAGGCUCUGGGUCUCACAUCCCUACCAAAGAACAGUUCGCCAUCUAAGGCUUGUCUCAUAAAUACCUUUUGCUCAACUCUUCUCGGCGUAGGCUACUGGCCGUCAAGUCCGUUUCUGCCUGAACCGGUGAGCGAAGAGCCCUGCAAAUUCGGCCUUCUAGGUGUGGUUGACGUAACACCCUCAUCAGAACAAAGUCAUUUCCAUUGUAUCGAUGGCUUUGCCUCUUCCGACUCCUUAACUUGUGAGGCCCUCUCUACUGGUAUCCUGACUGCCUUUGCUUGGGCCAGUGCUGUAGCCUAUAACCAAGGCUUUACACUCUACAACGAGCUUGAAAGUCCCUUCAGCGUGCAGUUGCUACUCUUUGACGCCAUUUCAGCCACGUGGCAACUUGUUGCAUAUCAGUUGAAUUCCCUAUGUUCUCUUUGGAAGGCUUCGGAUGCCGGCGACCCUUUCAACCUCCUCUGGAAUUCACCUCGUCUUCCUAUGUUCACUUCCUUCGGUUCGACAGAUCCUGCUUCUCUUCAAGCGCAUCGUCUGAACUCGGAGGCACUGGACUUGUUGAUCCGAGCCAUGUUGCUUAAACCAACACUAGCAGAGAAGGGAGCGCAUAGGCAAUCGCGCUUAAUCCCCAACUCAAACAUUGAAGAGAGGGAGACAAAUGUUGAGACGGUGGAGUCGACAGGUUGCGAAGCAGUUAAACUAACAGGAGCAGAGCAUGCGGCUCUUCUUGCGGCUGAAAGCGAAGAAACGAAUGUUAAAGGCCACCCAAUUCGUGCUUACUCUCACCCUUCACCACAUCCCAACGAGGUCUUCUUUUUAAAGCUCACGGAAAAAGCGGAACUGCUGCAGGAGAUGCGCGAGAAGAUGCCGGCGUUUGGAGGAGCACAGAGUUUCUUCUACGAAGAGGGCAGCGUUGUGCCACUAGAAAGUAGGGAGGCGUUACGCCAAUUCCGUCUUGAUCGCCGUGCUAGGACUGCACAUAGCAAGAUCCUUCGGCGUCCGCCGCGGUGGCGAUAG